AGUGGGUCGCGUCCGGCAGCGCUGGCUUCACGUGCCGCUGGCUCUGAUGGCGGCGGGGCUCGCGGAGGGUCGCACCAAAGAGGGAGAGCGAGGAGGCGGGGGGGGCUGAGCGGUACCGAGCACCGACACCCCGAGCAGAACCGAGCCGAGGCCCCCGGACCGAGACCGAGCCGCGCGACCGGAUGGAUGGAGUGUUCGAGACGUCCUACUGGCCUACGUCAUCCGGUCCCGUCAUCCGGUCCUGUCAUCUGGUCCCGUCAUCUGGUCCCGUCCAAGCAGCCCGAGCUCUCGGCUGCUGCAGUUCUUCUGGUGUUUAGUCGUAGUAACGUCUGAAGAGCACAUGACUCGGAGGCUGCCAGGCUAACAGCAUCUUCACCGUCAUCUUCACCGUCAUCUUCACCGUCCUGCGGCUGAAACACGAGCGCCUCACCUGAGAAUGUAGACUGGUCUAACUCUUCUGAGGCUGCUAACAGCUAGCAGCUAGCAGCUAACAGCUAGCAGCUAACAGCUAGCAGCUAGCCUUUCACAGACAGGAAUCAGUCGCUCCAACAUGUAGGUGGACAGUGACCAGGAUCGAGGCCUUCGGCAGCUAACGGCUCCUCGGCGGCUCCAGGUGAGCAGGUAGCGGUGGCUGGUGGUUGAGUGUCGGUGGAGCGGGGGUGCGAUGGAGUACCACUCCGGUGGCAGCCUGCCCCUGCUGGGGAGACCGCGGUACUGCCCUGGAGCUAACGCUAACGGUGGUUACCUGUGUGAGACGGGACACUGCUGCGGGGAGACCGGCUGCUGCACGUACUACUAUGAGCUGUGGUGGUUCUGGCUGCUGUGGACCGUCCUCAUCCUGUUCAGCUGCUGCUGUGCGUACCGACACCGCCGAGCCAAACUCCGGGUCCAGCAGCAGCAGAGGCAGCGAGAGAUCAGCCUGCUGGCCUACCACGGAGCCAGCUCCUUCCCCUCGUCCAUGCUGGACCUCAGUUUCCUGGCUUCUCUAAAGCUCCCGUCCUACGAGGAGGUCGCAGCUCAACCCUCCACCCCUCCUCCGCCCUACAGCUCUGUGUUCACCACCCCACGCUACCCGCAGCCUCCACGCGCUGCUGAUCCCCAUCUGCUCACGCAACACGGCCCGCUGCUCCACCGACCCCUCAGUGAUGGACCCUCCUCCCUCAGCUCCGACAACAGCUCCAGCUGUUCCUGCGACUCCUGCUGCCCCUCUUCUCCAUGUAGCUCCUCGCUAUCGGCGCCCAUCACCUACGAGACAGACACAAGCCACGCCUCCACGCCCAGCGAAGCCACACCCCUCACGCUUGAUGUCACCAUGGAGACCAUAGCAGCUGCUGCAAGUUGCUUGGAGGCAAACGAGACACGAUUUUUCUCAGAGAGACAAACUGACGCGGUGGUCAUUGAAAUCGAAGAGGCCGAAGCCGCCAGAGCUCAGGAACCAAAUGCCAAGGAAUCAUCACUUCCUAGCCGGACUGUUACCAAGGCUGCCUCACCUCAGCGCUUGUCUUCACCUGGCACUGGGCUCGCACAUCCUGUCGCAGAAACAUCUCCCACACGCCUACAGGUUGACACUGCAUCACAAACUCCAGUCAUCAGCGCAGGUAGCUCCAGUACACUCCCAAGUCCAAGUGCCGAUGCCUCGCCACUCCCAUCCAUCAAAGUCACGAGGACUGAAAGUGUGUCGGGACCUCCUACGCCAACAGCUAACUGGUCUGAAAGUUAACUUUGGCCUUCAAAACAACCUCUGCCAUCCUCC